CGCUCACCGUGUACUAAACUUGGCCAAUAGAUAGGUAUAUUGUAUUACUGUGUUGAUACACCAACUCAUAUGCAUGAAUAGCAGGCAUUGAGCUAGUAGUUUUUUCUUAUGGUGGACUUGAAUACAGUUAUUUUAAUUUCUAACGAAUGUUUACUUGAUAUAGAGUUGGGACCCGACUACGAAAACACGACCAUCCGAAAAUGUCUUACUUGAAAAAUAUUCCAUUUGCUAAAUACCAAGCAUCUGGCGAGGACUGCAUAAUAAUCAAUAAUAUAAAUGGUGAAUUUAGCACAUUUCUGGGCGAUAAUUCUGCUGUGGCAGUAAUGUGUCACCGAAGAUUUGGCGUUGGAGCAGAUGGUGUCCUGGAGGUAAGACGUCACGAAAAAGCAGACUUCGAAGUCAUCUGGUACAACGCUAAUGGACAUAAAGGGACUUUUUGUGGAAAUGGAACUCGAUGUGUUGUGGCAUACUUGUAUGACAAUGGUAUUGUCUCGAUGGCAGACCAUGUUACCAUUUUUGCGUGCGAUGGCAUCCACACAGGAUAUGAAGAUAACAACAAGAACAUAUUUAUAACACUCGAAGAUAUUGACGCAAAGAACAUUGAGCAUAUCGACGAGGACGAAUCCUUCAUAAACACAGGCUCGCCACACCACAUUAGAUUCAUCAAAUGCGAUUCAUUAAGAAAUAUAGAAUUUCAAGAACAUGCUAAAAGUAUUCGAUAUUCGGAGAGGUAUGUCUCAGACGGUGUAAAUGUCAACUUUGUGAAGGUGUUAAGUGAAAGGGACUAUCUACUAGAGAUGAGGACGUAUUUGCGUGGUCUUGAAGGUGAGACAAUCGGAUGUGGAACUGGUUCAGUGGCGGCAUCUAUAUGCCAUCACAUGCGCAUGCGCAUCACAGACGGACUCAGAGACGAUGUCAAUGAAGCUCCAGCGAAGUAUACUGUCAAAAUGGAAGGUGGUGAUCAGAAUGUUCACUUUUUGAUGAAGAACGAUGCAGAUGGUAACACGGUAAUUGUUGAUAUCACACUCAGUGGCGAAGUGUUUAAAGUUCACAACGGACUAUUCUAUACUUCUGCUUUCAAACGACCAAGUUAACAAAAUAUCUAAACUUAAGGAUUUAAGGACUGUUCUCAAUAGAAUUUAAUUUGAUGGUGAAGCAUCACGGUGACAUCUGUCCAUUUUCCAUUCAGCUUCAAGAUGGCCGUCCCGAACCUGUGCUUUCUCUCUCUCAAUUUUAUUUUUAAUUUUCAUGAGCCCAAAUAAUCAUGAACUAUUUUUAUUCAUAUACGUAUGCUAGCUGGGGUAAUGAACCCAGUAUAUUCCUUCAUUCAUUAUGUAAUACCUUCAUAGAUCAAGAAGGGUUAAGAUUAAAAUUAAUUAUGUGUCAAUGGCCGAUUUUACUGACAUAACAAAGGACAACAGUAACAUGAUUGGAGGAAGGCCUAGAGUUAGUGAUAUGGUAUGAAAACAAUUUAUCAGCUAGUCGUGCAAUCGUUACCUACGUAUAUACUUGUACCUUGUUUACGUCGUACGCAGGUCAGAUUCAGAUGGUUCAUAAU